AUGACAAGCCGUAAUUUAACAUCCAACUUUUUGGAAUUUCGAAGUCGCGCUGUGCGCGAUCGAAAUUUCCAUAUGGACGAUAGAUCAAACGAUGAUCGAACAGCAUUAAUUCAAAACGACGAUGAAGAAAUUGUACAAUUCGAAAAAAAUAUUCCACCAUCAUGGAUGGAUUCACAACGUCGAAUACAAUUACAACUCGACCAAGUGCGGAGCAGAAUGAAAAGGCUGCAACAAUUACAUGAUAAACAUCUGACAAGACCUGAUUUCGAUGAAAAUUCAAGUGAAGAAAAAGAAAUUGAAUCACUCACAAAAGAUAUCACUGCCAUGUUAAACGGAUGUCACGCAUCUGUUCAACAACUUUCAAAUCAAGCCAAUAAAUCACAGGUUAAUGUAUACGAUAAACGAUUAGCUUCUAAUGUAGUUCAAGCUACGGCAAGUGCUUUACAAGAUUUAACUAUUAGAUUUCGCAAAUGUCAAUCGACCUAUCUUCACAAAUUGAAAUCUCGAAAAGAAAAUUUCAAUCGUAUUAUGCCUGAUCUUGAAAUCGAUAUGCAUUCCAAUCCAUUUGGUGAUCAAGAUGACCCGGAUAAUAAUUUCGAUCAGAUAUCUUUAACUUCCGAAGAUCAAUUACAACUGACCUCACAAAAUGUUGAGCUGCUAGAAAAACGCGACAAAGAAAUCCGUGAAGUUCUAAGAUCCAUUGAAGAUGUUAAUGAAAUUUUUCGAGACGUAGCAGCACUCGUUUCUAAUCAAGGAACUAUUCUUGAUCAGAUCGAGUAUAAUAUCGAAAAUACCGUUGUUCAAAUUGAACAAGGCAACAAGCAUCUAUCUAAAGCUGUCGAACAUAAACAACGUAGUUUAAAAUUUAGACUCAUACUUAUUGGUGUUAUUGUAUCAGUUUUAUUAUUUAUUAUUUUAAUUGGAUUUAUAUCUAGAUAA